GUGACCGCCAUGUCUGCCCAAGAAGAGCUAAUCACUGCGGCUGAGUUUUCUCAGAUACACUUUGACUUUCUAAUUAUUGGUGGCGGAACAGCAGGGAUCGCAGUAGCGGCGCGGCUAUCUGAACACUCGCAAUUCAAUGUGGGAGUCUUGGAGGCUGGGCCCCUGGUGAGUCGCCAAGAUACAGUCGACAUCCCCGGCCUUUAUGGCCAAACCAUCGGGACUGAGCACAACUGGGGGUUCGAGACUGUGCCACAACAAGGCCUCCAUGGACGGGUUCUGCCAUGGCCACGAGGCAAACUUGUUGGAGGUACCAGCGCCCUCAACUUUAUGAUUUGGAAUCGUGGUAGCAAGGAAGACUACAACGCCUGGGAGCAACUGGGAAAUCCCGGGUGGGGUUGGGAUGACCUUCUGCCUUUCUUCAAGAAGUCUGAGACUAUUCAUAGACCUGAACUCAGGCUUCAGACGGACUAUGGUGCAACGUUUGACCCCGAAGUCAGUGGAACGACUGGUCCGAUUAGCGUGUCGUAUCCCAAUUACUACCCAGCUACUCACCAGCUCUGGCGUCAGGCUUUGAACUCACUGGGUAUUGAAUCUAAUAAAGCUCACUUAUCUGGAUCUAACACUGGAGUUUGGACUUGCGUUAAUUCCAUCACACCUGGAGAGCAAACCCGCUCGUACGCGACUAACUCCUAUUACACUCCGAAUGCGCAUCGAAAAAAUCUCUUCUUACUAACCGGGGCUUUCGUUGACGAGAUCACACUUGAACCAACUGACGAUGGGGUGCACAAAGCCACUGGUGUUACUUUUACAUGCAGCGGUCAAAAACACCACGUUUCGGCCAAGUACGAAGUAAUUCUCUCAGCCGGAACCGUACAGUCACCCCAGAUUCUUGAGUCAUCUGGUAUUGGAAAUCCUGCAAUCUUGACCAAUGCUGGGAAGACAACCAAGGUAAACAACCCAAAUGUUGGGGAGAAUCUGCAGGAACAUAUUAUGGCAGCGAUUGUAUUUGAAACCAAGGCCAAGGUUCAGAACGACCCCGAGGGUGGCAAUAAAGGGCCCGAUGCUGCCUUAGAAGAGUAUCUACUACAAAGGACUGGCCCUUUGACAGCAGUCCCUAUUUGCUUCUGCUAUCUGCCUUUUGUUGAAGCAUUGCCCAAGGGCAAAUUUCAAUACCUCUCUAGGCUCGUAUCUGGUCUUCCUGGUUCUAAUACACAAAGCCACGCCAUCGCAUGUGGACGUUUUGACACAAAGCAGCGAUUGGGUCAGAUCGAGUACAUUCUAGAUUUUGGGAAUUGGAACCCAGCUUUUAGUCCAAGCGACGAUGAUUCCAAGAACCAUGCCACGGUAUUUCAAAUUCUCCAGUACCCAUUCUCCAAAGGCAGUAUUCAUAUCAACUCCUCUCCGGACGGAGUUUCAGUCAACGAGCUCAUUAUCGAUCCCAAAUAUUACAGUGGCCCCCACGGAGUUAUUGAUUUGGAGGCAAUGGUUCACAGUAUACAAUUUGCAGAGGAAAUUGUUCGAUCUAAGCCACUUUCUAAUCUAAUUGGGCCUCGGGUGUUUCCACCCACAUCAAUAACAACAGACGAUGAAUAUCGCGACUGGGUGGGAAAGACAACAAUCACAGAUUGGCAUCCUGUUGGAACAUGCUCAAUGGGAGGCUCCCGUGGGAUUGAAGGAGGCGUCGUUGACCAUCGCCUUCGCGUAUACGGCGUCCAAGGGUUGAGGGUUGUUGACGCAAGUAUCAUGCCCCUUCAUAUCAGCGCUCAUAUUCAAGCUACCAUUUAUGCCAUCGCCGAGAAGGGGGCCCACAUGAUAUUACAGGAUCAUGGUGUGCUAGCUUAA